AUGAAAUUAAAAAAAAAAUUAACACCGACGAAGAUACUUUGUCGGUUUCAUUCUCAUUCGACCUCUCUCUCUCUCUCAGGCGAUGCGUCGCCGAUUCCGGCGAUUCUGCCGUUAAACCACACGAGGCUGGUCUCGCUUCUCUCUUUCUCUCAUAGCCGAUUUUGGCGAUUCCGACUUCUCUCGCUCUUAAACCCUUCGACUCUUCUCCUUCCUUCUCCUCUAAUCGGAUUUCCGAUCAAAUCGCUUCGAUCGUCUCUCUCAACAGCUUAUGUUUCUCCGGCGGAUACAUCGUUCUCCGAUAUAGGAUCAGAGAAGCUUUAUAAGAUCAUCUUACAGAAGGUUUUCAAGGAAAAGAAAGGGUAUUUGUCACUAAAGUAUCUUAGACCAGGAAGCUAUGAAUAUGAGGUUGCUUGUUUGACCAGGAAGCUAUGA